GGCAGCAGGAACAAACCAUGAAUGGUAGAAAAUGCAAGUACGAUCGUAAUCAAACCUUCGUCGGAGCCGAAUUCCCAUCUCCCACGUAACCAUAAUCGUUUAUAAUCCCAUUCCAAUUCUCUCAGCUCCAUCCCAAACACUCCGUUAGCGUCUCUAAUGGCUACACUUAACAUAAACGCAGCUCGUAAGCUCACAACCUCCUCCUUAAAUCCUCAACCCCACAAACCCAGUUCUCUUCCUUUCUUCUUGUGUGCCCAGAACUUCAGCAGACCCGGCCCAUCGAAGAAAUGGGUCAUCUCGGCCCGGAAAAAACGAAGCUUUACUGUUGGGUCAGUGACGGAGGACAGAGAGGUGGUUGCUGACCAAGAGAGCCGGUUGUUGGUUGAUGGGUCUGAAGAGUUUGUGGGUCUUCAAUCUGAAUCGUCUGGUUCUGGAGGAAAUGGAGAUGGGGAGGAUUUGGAUAAGUUGACCAGUAGAGCUGUCAAUGCUUUGAUUGUUCUCGGAUUUGGGACCUUUGCGGUGUCUAAGUUGCUUACGAUUGACCAUGACUAUUGGCAUGGAUGGACCCUUUACGAGAUACUGAAGUAUGUACCUGAGCACAAUUGGAUUGCCUACGAACAAGCUCUCCAAGCAAACCCUGUUUUAGCCAAAAUGGUGAUAAGUGGGGUAGUCUAUACUCUAGGAGAUUGGAUUGCCCAAUGUUAUGAAGGGAAGCCGCUUUUGGAAUUUGAUAGAACACGCAUGUUCAGAUCAGGGCUUGUAGGGUUUUCCCUCCAUGGAUCCCUUUCUCAUUAUUAUUACCAAUUUUGUGAGGCUCUCUUUCCUUUGGAAGAUUGGUGGGUAGUCCCAGCCAAAAUAGCCUUUGACCAAACAGUGUGGGCGGCUAUAUGGAACAGCAUCUAUUUUGUGGCUCUGGGGGUCUUGCGUUUUGAGUCCCCAACCAAAAUUUUUGAUGAACUGAAGGCUACAUUUCGACCCAUGCUGACUGCAGGAUGGAAACUUUGGCCAUUUGCUCAUCUAAUUACCUAUGGCUUGAUUCCUCUUGAACAAAGGCUUCUUUGGGUGGACUGUGUGGAGCUUAUUUGGGUUACUAUUCUCUCAACAUAUUCAAAUGAGAAGUCAGAGGCCACUAUAUUGGAGGUAUCGUCUGGAGCAGAUUCCACUUCUUCGUCAAGCAGUUCUCCUAAGGACUAAAUGUUAUAUGGUACUGAGAAGAAGUUUUCUACAGUAAUCACCAUAUCCACUCAUUUAGUGUUCUGAGGGAUGCCAGGAAAGCGCAAAUCCCAGAUGUGCAGUGAGGGAGAUCAUCAUCUAUUGAUUGACUAGACUAGCACCCCCUAUAGCUUCAUAGAGGAGCCAGCAUUCAUUGGUUCGGGUAACUAGCGUAUAUAUACACGAUGCAAAUAAUUUUUUUCUCCAUCAAAUAUGUUGCAUGUCUGUUUCAAAUUGAAUCAGCUCUUCCUGGUGAUCACAUGUUAUAUAGAAUUUAAUCGAGUCAAAUUCUACGUAGAAUUUGACAGGCCUGCGGCAACUCAUGUUAUAGCAUGUAUAGUCUGUAUACUUAUAUCGAUAGUGCUAUUAAGAAGAUUUUGUCUCGCUACGUUUUGCACCCUUAAUAGGUUACCUAUAAUAUUAUUUCGACAAACUUCAUUUGUCUUGGGAGGUGAUGGUAUUACGGCAACCAUUAAAGAAUUGGAGUGAACACUGUUGGCCUGUUGCCGACUACACGUUCGUCGGAAAAAUUCGUUCUCAUUUUGAAAGGGACACAAUAACAAAAGAACUGGAGUAAACACCGAAUUCACCAUCGAAGACCUGUUCGUUGCAAAUUUUCAUUUUCAUUUUCAGACACCUUUCCCAACUACACGUUCUCAUUCUAAGCCACCUUUGAUGACGAAAGUCUGUCGGUAAAAAAUCCCUAUCAAUUUAAGACACAUUUGUCGAUAAAAGUCAUUCUCAUUUUAAAAUACUUUUGCCGCCGACUGUUCGUUAAUAAAAGUCGUUCCAAUUUUGAGAUACCUAUACAUACAAUUUUUCGUCGAUAAAAAACAUUCUCAUUUGUUAAAUGAAAUUUCAUCUGUAAAUGUGUCGAUGAAAGUUUGUCGGUAAAAGAUGUUGGUCAUAUUAAGCUUACCUUCGCCAACGGAUUUCUAAUUAUUCGUCGGCAAAAUACUUACUUUAAUUGGUAAAAAAAAGCUUGAAAAGCACCGCAUGCGAUGCACGUGACUUCGGGCUCUCACAAAGAGCGGGGGUUCAACCGAAUAAGACCCAAAUUACACGCCAAAAACUCCCUGGAUCUGGAAACUCCGUUACUCCCGGAUCCUCCCGUAACCCGACUCCAGAUCCGACUCAGCGGCGGCGGCAAUGGCGAAAGUCGAAGAGCCCAAGGCGACGUCCGACGACAUCGCCAAGAAGAAGACGAAGAAGAGGAACCACGGCUCAACCGAGUUCUUCGUCUUCGUCGAUUACCUCUUCCUCGCUGUCUUCUUCGGCUUCCUCUGCUUCAUCAUCUUCAAGAUCCUGGUCGGCACCGCAUCUGAUUCUUUCUCUAUCUAGACGCAUACCACAUUCUUUUCAUUCAGGCUAGAGUCCAAGUUGAAGGCUUUUGUGGAUGCUGGCUUGGUGUCGGGUUCAGAUUCUGUGAUUUCAAGUGCAUGAUGGUUUUUUGGUAUUGAAAAAUCAUGUGCCCUUUUGAUCAAAUGUGAGUUAGAAAGAAUUGCUUGUUAUGGCCUCUAAUUCUGGAAUUAUAGCAUUAUAAUUUGUAUAAUCAUAAUUUCAUGAUGUUCUUUUUAACGAACAUGAUGUUGUAUGUCCUUGCUUAUCAUACCAAAAUGAAAGCUUCAAGUUUCCA